AUGCCCAGCCGCAAGAGAUUCAGAGGGAAAUCACGCUGUAACUUGAAUAAACCAAGAAGGUGGGGGGCAGUGGGAGGCCCAACUAGUCUCAGUUUCCAACGGGAAAAAGAACCCACCGCUGCUCACCCUCUGUCCCCUGCAGCCCGCAGCACCUGCCAAGCCGGGCACUUCAAGAAUAAUGGCUCAACUUUCGAACGCGACGAGGGAGAAGACGCAGAUGAUUUCCUGGGGAGUGCCGAAAAGGUCCUCUCCGCCAGGGACACAGCUCUGGGCCGCCUCUGCCCGCCGGAGCAUCCAGAGACCCCUCGGAGGCGGCACACUCCCGCAGCCGCCGGCCUCGGGCCUCCGCCAGGCAGACAGUGUUUACACCUGUCACGAGGGAGGAGGGAGAAGGAGGAAGCCGGAGCGGAGCCCCAAACUUCUCCACGGCGGCCGGGAGGGAGCCCGGGCGCGCCGCUCGGGCAGGUGGACGCCGAGGGGCAGGGCGGGCCACGGCGGGCCGGGAGGGCAGGGCUGGCUCUCGGCGGCCGGGAUGCCGAGCGCCGUGCCACGGCUUCAGGCGCUGCCAGCGGCGUUCCGCAGCCGCGGAGCGGAGCGCAGCCCGCGCCGGAGCUCGCAGGCCCGCAGCCGGGCCGACGCUGGCAGGUGCUCCAGGCCGGGGCGACUGGCCGGGCCGGGCUCCGCGGCAGCCGGGGAGCGCGGCGGCAGCACUCACCUGGCUCGUCCCGGACGGUCGCGAUGGGCAUGGCUCGGCGGCCCGGGGAGGAACUGGCUCCCCGGGGAAGGACCGGUUACUCGGACGCUGAGCUGGCAAGGGCGGAAGGCGAGCUGCUCCCGGCCCCGUCAGCGCAGCGGCGCCAUGGACGCCCACCCGGAGUUUCAGCGUUGCCGCGGGACCCCCAUCCCACUACCCUCCGCCCUCUUCCGCCGCCGCCGCCGCCUCCGCCUCCUCCUCCUCCUCCGCGGAGACCCCCGCCCACUCCACACACUCUCCCAUCAUGCAGCGGGGAGCCGCUGCUGUCGUACGUCACUUCCGGGCGCAGGUGGCUAGGUCGGGGCCGGGCGCUGGAGGGGGCCGGGGCGGGGGAGGACACUCCGGGGGAAUCAGUGUCACCGAACGCUGGCUCCUGCGCAGGCGCCGUCGCGCCGAACGGCGUUCGCCAUUUUGGGUGCGGGCAGACUGUCUUUUCUGGACUCACUCGAGUCCCUCCAGCGUGGGCUCCGGACGUCCUCCCUCCUCGCCCGACCCCCUGAGGCAGCGCUCCCGGCGACCGAGCCCGGCUCCUCUCAGCCCAUUGGCUUCACCGUGGCGCCCGGGAGCGGGCCAAGUCUCGCCUUGGAAUAAAACUUGCAGACGUAUGGAAACCCUGAACCAGAUCGCCGCUAAAAAAAAAAAACCGGCUGGACAACAUUCAUCAGCUCGUCCUUUGCGCCCGGAAAAAAAGAGUUUUUCAUUCCCUUCCUCCUUUUAUGUAAGCCAACAAAAGAGGAAGCUGUUAUUUAACAAAUGAGAAGCGACUGUCCUACUUAGGAUAAGUCAGCCGGCAAACUAGCAAAUCGUCUUCUACAAAAUCAGUCCAGAAUUCUCUUGGUGUUUGGAGAAGAUGAUCGUUUUUCAUACAUCUUUCAAACCAACUUGUGCGUUUGAGCGAUUCUCUAUAAUAGAGGUCAUAAGAGAGUUUGUUUCCGUCAGUCCUGAGCAGUUGGUCUUUGUUUUAUAACCUUUCCCCGUCCUUUAUCAUGAAUCUAUUAGAACACGUGCCUCUGUAAAACUCAGACUACAAGGCUGCAGGUUUAUUAUUUCUGUCUGAGACGGUGAACCCUGGGCUCUACCCUACAAAUCAUGAGCCCUGCCUGGUUCUCUUUCUGCCCACGUUGAAUUAUUUAAAAUAGUUCCCAAACCGCAGAGCUCAGCAGUAACCCAAAGAAACAGGGACAGAAAACAUUGUCAUCACAGAGAACUGUCCAGCCCUUUGAGUGGAGGAAUUAUACAUGUCGGGAAAGAUAAGGACAAUAGCAAUUCAUCAUGGUUUAUCCUGCCUCUACAAUGUUCUAGACAAAUUAACUUGAAGAACUAAAAUAGACCUGCAUUUGUCUCUUUACAAUUCAGUCAUUGCAAAGUAACGGAGCCUGAACCACUUUAAAUUGGAAAGUGCUUUGUGAUUAUGCUGGAUUUUUUUGUUAUUGCCCAGUCACUGAAGUGAGAAAAACCUAUAUUGCUUGUCAGAUUUAUUCCUUUUGUAUCUCGCCCCCUGCUGGUGUAGUCUGAAGGCAAGUCUGAAAAAAAAAUUAAUUGUAUGUCACUGUAAAUGUUUAUUGACAGAGAAUGAAAGUCACAAAAAACUGCACGGUAAAACUGGAAAUUAACUGAUUUCGGACAAACAUGUUUGUUUCACUUGAUAGCUCUACCAAACAAAUACUGAGUAAGAUCCGAAGAAAACGUUUGACGAAUUUAAAAUCAAAAAUGUUUAAAACAGUGGAUCUAAACAUUAAAAGGAAAUCAUGCUUUUGGAAAA